AUGGUACAAGCCUGCUUGAUGUGCUGCAGAGUUCCUAAGGGCAGCUGGGCAGCUGGGGCAGCCAUGGAGAAGGCAGACAGGGCCAGCCCCGCUGCCAGGAAGCGCCUGCAGGAGAGGAGGGGCUCCAACAUGUCGCUGGUGCUGGACAUGAGCUCCCUGGGGAGCGUGGAGCCCAUCCAGGCUGUCUGCACACCCCGGGAUGUCACCCUGCACUUCCUGAGGACAUCCAGCCACCUGCUGAGCAGAGAGAAGCUCCAGCAACACGCCCAGAGCCUGAGGCAGCUCCAGGAGGAGUUCUCGAGAAUUCCACCCAACUUUGUCAGUCCUGAGGAGCUGCAGAUCCCUGGGCAUGCCUCCAAGGACAGAUACAAAACCAUCCUGCCCAAUCCUGAGAGCCGAGUCUGCCUCAGGAGGGCAGGAAGCCAGGAGGAAGGCAGCUACAUAAAUGCCAACUACAUCACGGGCUUUGCAGGGCGGCCCCGGGAGUACAUUGCCACCCAGGGCCCCAUGCUGAACACUGUGACAGACUUCUGGGAGAUGGUGUGGCAGGAGGAGGUGCCUCUCAUCGUCAUGAUCACCGAGCUGCAGGAGCGCAAGGAGAAGUGUGUCCACUACUGGCCCGACAAGGAGGGCACCUAUGGCCCCUUCCUCAUCUGCGUGCAGGGGCUGAGCCAGUGCCAGGAGUAUGUGGUGCGGGAUCUGUCCAUCCAGCUCGAAGGUGAAUGCCGGCAGCUCAAGCACAUCAUCUUCCCUUCCUGGCCAGACCAGCAGACACCUGAGUCAGCCAAGCCCCUGCUGCACUUGGUGUCCAAGGUGGAGGAGACUCUGCAGGGUGCAGCGCGCCCAGGGCCCAUUGUAGUGCACUGCAGCGCGGGCAUUGGCCGGACCGGCUGCUUCAUCGCCACCAGGAUCGGCUGCCAGCAGCUGAGGGCACAGGGCCAGGUGGACAUCCUGGGCAUUGUCUGCCACCUGCGCAUCGACAGGGGUGGAAUGAUCCAGACCAGUGAGCAGUACCAGUUUCUCCAUCACACACUCGCUCUCUAUGCUUCCCAGCUGCCAGAGGGGGGAGGCCACUAG